AUGAACAAGGAUGCAAUUAAAUACAGGAAUAAUAGUAAGAUACGUCGUAGAAAUAUGUCGUUAUGUCACAAAAGAAAAAUGAUUAUGAAAUAUCCUAAAAAACAUCGUGCAACUUUAUCUAGAAUCUCGCACAACAUGGCCAAGUCAUUAGAUUGGAACUUCACUUUAGCAGAAAUUGAUGAUGUAUGUGCAUCAGAAAGGUAUGAUUUGCAAAGUGAUUUGAACAGUAUCAUGUUGGGCUUGUUACCUAGGUUUCAUUUAAAAAAGAAUGGUCAUCUGAAAACUCUUUCGAUAGAAACAAUUUUAGAAAGUCAAUUCAUAGACAGUCAUCUUGUUAGAAGCAUUUUGUCAGAAGUUAAUCGAGAAUGGCUGAAAAACAAACCUCUGCAAAUGAUUAGUAGAACAUCCUUUGGUAAAAACUUUCAAGACAAACCUCCUAAAAGAGUUUAUUCAACUGAUCGUUCUGUUGAAAAAUGUCAGACAUCAUUUAAAAAUGACAUAUGUGAAUGUUUGAUUGAUUUUUGUCAGUUACUAAAUUCUGAAGAUUUAUAUUUAUUUCUGACCAGGGAUAGUUGCGAUGUCAUUGUUGAAAAAAGGUUUGAAAAAUUAAGAUUAGAAUUAAGCAAAUGCAUUGAAAAGUGGUGUGGCAAUUCAAAAGUUUAUAAACAACCAAAAAAAAUGAACAAAAUUGAAAAUAAUGAAAAUUUGUCUCCCAACUCCAAGGACAAUUAUAAAGUUACAGAUAUAGAUGAUCUUUCAAAAGGGUGUACUUCCAAUGUUCCCAACAUAGAACAGGAAUUAGAUGAGAUUAUUCAAGCUCAGCUGUUUGACAUUGAUCUUGAGCAUUAUUUGAGUCCUGAUAGAUUAAAAUCUGACAAAGGCAUAGCUAUAUAUGAAAGAAAUGGUAAAACUGAACAAACUUAUGCAGAAGAGCAGGCAUCUAUUCAAGAGCGAUUAGAAAAUGAAUUUGAUUAUUUUGCCAAAGAGAUAAUUGAGUUGAAUAGUGGAGAAGUGCAAACUUCUCAGGAAACUAUGAAGGAUAAAUCAACAGGCAUCAGUAUAUAUGAGGACAUUGAUGCUGAUAUUAUCAUGGCUAACACUGAGGAGAAAAGUGUUCAUGAGGUCUCUGCUGGCGAAAGAAAUCUAGAAAAUGUGGAUGAAGUUAAAGAAGGCUUGAACUUUGGGAGGAGAGAUAUUUUUGUUAAAGAUAUUAGCAUAAUGAAUAAGAAUAUUAAUAGAUCACUAAGAAAGAAAAAGUUAGAUCUAGAUGACUAUGAUGAUUAUGAAGAUGUUGCUCAAAAGAAGCAUAAAAAACGAAAAGAGGACAAAAAACAUAAAAAACGUAAACGAAACAAGCACAAAAAUGACAGUAGUGAGAAAAUAAAAUCCUCAAAAUCAUCUCGUAACAAAAAUAAGCUUAAUGAAAUUGAGGCUGAAUCUAAAAUUCCAAAAAAUUUUGUUCCAAAUUUUGGACUCUAUUUAGAUAGUCCAAUAUCAUAUACAUUAGACCCAUAUCAGAAUAGCAGUGGAUUAGAAAUGAAUUUUGAUCCUGAAUUUGAUAUAUUGACUACACCAAAAACAGGUCAUGAAAAUCCAUUGCUGCAAAUGUUGUUGAACAAUUAUUUUUCAGGCUCUGAAACAUUUCUUCACAAUUUUAUUCCUGAUGUCAAACAGUUUUGCAUAGAAUUCGUUAAUUCUAAAAAUGCAUUUUUAUGGGCACUUAUGCUUACAAACAUUGAUGUUCCUUUUAAUGAAGAAAAUAAAUUUUAUGAUGAGGAAUUUUCCAUUAAAAAGCAGCAGUCAAAAACAACUAGCAACCCAUUAAUACAGGCUUUUAAGCAAGUGGUUGAGGCUAACAAGAAAAAGGAAGAAACUGAUAGAAAAUCAACUCCUUUUGAUAUGAAAAAGAAGAUUCAACCAAAACAUGGGGUCACAAAGUCCAAAUUUAACUUUAAACAUCCUCCAGGCUUGUCAAGUUUAUUCAAACUUCAGACCAAUUUAAAAUCAACAUCUAGGGCUAAUAUAAAGGAAAUAAUGACUGAAUUUCAACAAAAAGUGUUCAAAUUAGCUAAAAAGGAAAAUUUUAUCAACAACAAAGAAAAUAUUUCAAAUUCUACGUUCACUGAAAUAGAUUACUCUGUAACUCCUGCUCAUUUCAACCAGGUAUCUAAAAUUUUAUCUGUCCUAUACGAUGAAGCGGAAUGGAAAAUAACAAACAAAAUUAAAUUAAUAAAUUUUGAUCGUAAAUUUUUUAACAACGCAUUUGCAAUGCAAAACUCUUUGUACAAUCCUAUGAUAGCUGAUCCAAGCAUGUAUUACCAGAUGCAGCCAAUGACUGAGGUAUACACUUCUAAUAUUUACACUACUGUGAGUAAUCCUGGUGCUUGCCCUCCAAUUACUAAAAUUGCAACUCAAUCUUCAUCAGACCUGCCAUCACCAGCUUCUGUUACAUUGAAGUCAUCUACAUCACUUUCCAUGGCAGCUUCUAUUAACUCAACCACUAACACUUCUACUUCUAGCAAAAAAUCAGUUGCAACAACAACAGUAACAACUUCUAUAUCUGGUUCUCCUAUGACUUAUUCAAGUUUUCAGUAUAAUCAUUAUGCAGCGAUGCAGUAUGCAAACAUUGCAUGGCCGUACAUGAAUCCCAUGGGUUAUUAUAUGCCUGACCUAUCAACAAUACAGGCCUAUCACCAGCAGACAAUUUAUAACUUGCCCAAUACAUGUCAAACAUCUGCCGAGGGGUCAGAGUUUCAAACCAGCAACAUCACCCCACAGGCAGCUGCAUUUGAAACUGAUAGUACCUACAAUGCAGCAAAUGUUUCUUCUGGUAAGACAACAUCAUCAGAUAUUAAUUCAGCCGAUACUAAAGAAGGUAUGGCUUCCACUGGUACAACGAAAAAGGAUGCCAAUGCAAUAAGUGUUGAAUUUGAUAGACAAGGAAAAAACACUAGAUUUUAUGUGUUUAAAAAUGAAAGUGAAGUCAGCAAGCAAGUAGAGAAAUUUUUAGAUAUUAGUGGUCUCAAAAAAUUUGACAUCCACAACCUCAUGCUGUUGCGCCAUCUACCAAAUUUUGAAUGUCUUGUUUUUGUUCACAAAAAUGAUGGAUGUAGAGUCAAUGAAAUUCCAGCUCUUCUUCGACUUAAACGCGAUUUGCGAGUUGUGUUCAUAUCAUAUGAUAUAUUGGAGGAUGUCAUUGAAAAGAGGUACAAUGUUAUAUUUCCAAGAGCUGGAACAGUUCUAUUGGAUGAAAAUGCGCUUGUGACUUGUAAAUCUGAGGUCUUGGAGUCUGUAUGCCAAUUUAUGAAAAAACAGACUUUUGAAAAAGGAACACCAUGGAAGUUGUUAAUCACCUCAAGAACGUUUUCCAUUUUAGAAAAAUUAAAAAAUGAAGCUCAAGGUAACAACAGUGAUGAGUGCUUUCGGUUCAAUGACAUGAUACAAAUCUUGCAGAAGUUUCAGACAAUGAACAUUGUGGAACAACUUACUGAUCAGUAUUAUAUGGCUGACCCAAGAACCACAGCUGAUUAUCAGGCCUGUUUUGUAGCUUUGCAGAGAGAAAGAUACAUAUCAUGCAGGCAUUUCCUGUUCGUUACAGUCCAUAGUCAUCUUCACAUCGUAGACAACUUGUCCAGCAAUAUCGGUCUUUUAAGUUUUGUUCCAUGUGAGAGUAUCAUGAGGAUUGCAACGUCAAGUUAUAAUAAAAUGUACGCCAUUCAUAGCGAUGUAGAUAGCAACAUGCCCAGAAGCUAUGCUGAUUCCCGGAUGUUUUUGGCUAAUGGAAUUGACAUAAUGAACAUUGCUGAAUUUAUGAGAUGCUUUGUAUCAAAAACUAUCGUUCAUAACCCAAAGCUAAAUGAAGAUCAUUUGACACGGACGACUCCUGGAAAAUACAUUGAUGCAGUGAUUUCUGACUGUACCCAAACUAUCACGUUCUAA